AGCAACCAAAAAUUUGCCACUCGACUCUGCCAAGGUGUUGAAUGGGUACUCGGUUUUAACUACACAUUCAGCGGUUUUUACAUAGGGCCAAAACGAGGGACCAAAUCCCAAAUGUAGGGAUGAAUUUCUACACCAUAAACAUAACUUGAAUUUAGGGUUUAACUUAAAGAAUUGGGUAAUAACUUUAGGCAUGACUAGAGAGACGAGAAUAAGAGCAAAAUCAUAGAGGUCUCAGACAGUAUGAUCAAAUAAAUCAAAUUAUAUUUGCUUUGUUCCCCCAGAAAAAUGUAUUAUUUUGAACCUACAAAAUGGUAUACAGGACACUGCAUUAUUACCUUUUAAUCUGAUUUGAAAAAUGGCUUGUCGUACAUUUCUUCAGCAUUUGGCUUUCCAUACGUCGCUUUGUUUUGAUUUGCACAAGUGUUGAACUUAGUGAAACCAAACAAGAAAAAUGAAGGAGUUCUUUUUCGUAUUGAUUGUUGCCCUGUUCUGGACUGCUUUUGCAGCAGACCCUCAAUUUAUGAUCGGUGUAGGAAAGGCUGAUAUAACUGGCCCCGCAGCUGAUGUAAAUAUGAUGGGUUUCGCCCACCCUGAUCAGAGAACCUCAGGAAUCCACACUCGUCUUUACAGUAGAGCAUACAUAACCUGCGAGAUUGCUGAUCAAGACAAUUGCAAUGUGUUUGUCAGCGCAGACAUCGCCAUGGGAUGCACUGCUAUCAAUCUUGAUGUAUUUGAUCAGCUGAGGGGUCUGUAUGGUGAGCGUUACAAUGAAAAGAAUGUUGUACUGAGUGGGACACACACUCAUUCUGGACCUGGUGGAUACCUACAGUACCUGACCUUCACAUUCACCUCACUAGGAUUCGUCAAUGACAGCCAUGAUGUCAUCAUUACCGGGGUCGUUCAGAGUAUCGCAAAUGCACAUGAUAACAUGGUACCAGGCAACGUGUAUGUUAACAGAGGUGAUCUGUUCUUUAGUAACAUAAACAGAAGUCCUACCGCAUAUCUUAAUAAUCCCGAAGAGGAGAAGAGCAAAUACCUCAACAACACAGAUACCAGAAUGACUGUAGCCAAGUUUGUUGAUGAAAAUGACAAUGGCUUGGGACUUAUAAGCUGGUUUGCUGUUCAUCCAGUGAGUAUGAACAACACCAAUCAUCUGAUCAGCAGUGAUAAUAAAGGCUAUGCCUCUUACCUUGCUGAAAAGGAGUUUGGAUCGGGCUUUGUGGCAGCGUUUCCGAAUAGCAACCAGGGAGACGUUUCUCCUAAUCUGAACGGACCCAAGUGUGUUGACACUGGAGAGCCAUGUGAGAUGGAGACAAGUACCUGUAACGGAAGAGCUCAGCUGUGUUAUGCUAGCGGACCAGGGAAGGACAUGUUUGAAAGCACUCAGAUAAUUGGAGAGAGACAGUACACUAAAGCUAAAGAAUUAUAUGAUUCAGCUACCGUGAUUAUGUCAUCAACUAUAUCCUCUAUACACCAGUUUGUUGAUAUGUCAAACUACCAAGUUAUGCUGGAAGACAAUACUACAGUUAAAACUUGUUCCCCGGCCAUGGGGUACAGCUUUGCUGGGGGUACGAUAGAUGGGCCGGGAUUCUUCACAUUUAAUCAAGGUGACACAGAUGGGAGUCUUGUGUGGGAUUUUGUGAGGGAUUUGAUCAAGGAACCUUCUCAAGAAAUGAUUGACUGCCAUCAGCCUAAACCUGUUCUGCUUCCUACUGGAGAGGUAUCAACCCCAUGGCAGUGGCAUCCUGACAUAGUAGACACCCAGAUUCUUCGUAUUGGAGAGCUGUUCAUCUUGGCUGCUCCGGGAGAGUUCUCCACCAUGGCUGGACGCAGACUCAGGAAUGCCAUCGGAACGGUUCUGGAUGACUCUGGCAUUACUGACAAUCAGAUUGUAAUCACUGGACUGUCUAAUACAUACACCCAUUAUAUCACUACACCAGAGGAGUAUGCAAUCCAGAGGUACGAGGGUGCAUCCACUAUCUACGGUCCAAACACCAUGCAGGCAUAUAUCCAGCAAUACAGCAUGUUAACAGAUUCUCUGAUACAGGGGACCAACAUCGAAGCAGGGCCAAGUCCUCCAAACCUGUUGAACGUCCAACGAGGUCUUCAGGUGUUCACUAGGGGUGAUAACUUUCCAAAUGGAACCAGUGCUGGUGAUGUUUACAUCGAUGUAGAUCCAAAGUAUAAACAGGGUUCAGUAGUGACAGCUGUUUUCUGGGCAGGAAACCCAAGGCAAAACACCCUUGGAAUGCUUGAGGAUACCUUCCUUGAAGUUCAGGUCCCUGGCACACCCCGAUGGCAAACUAUCUUCACUGAUACAGAUUGGUCAACGAGGUUCUACUGGGAAACUGACCACACAGGUUCCACAAUGUCAAACCGGGCUACCAUCUAUUGGGAUAUCCCAGAGGACCAACCAUUAGGAAUGUAUCGUCUAAGACACUCUGGAUUCUCCAAACGCUUAACAGUAGUACUACCUUACUUUGGAACUUCCUCAGAGUUUGAAGUAGUUUCUAAGGACUAUGAAAGACCACAGUAAAAAAAAAAUGAAAUGAUUCAGCCACUUGUUAAACGAAGUACUUUCGUUUUGGCGGAUAGCUCUCAGAAAAGUGAAACGCUUUUAAGCCGAUAAGGCAACUUGUCAAAAGUGUAUGCAACGUCUUUUAGCAUGAAUCCUGCUAUAAGUAUAAACGCAUCUUUCUUGCAUUCCUCAUUGUUUGGUCUAUGGUGAAGCGUGAGCAUUGGAAAUGUCUUUGUGGGAUUUCUGCGUGAAAGACACUGCCGCGACUUUUGACAAGGUACCUAAUGUCAGGGGAUUCAAUGAAAUCUGUAUUUUAUGACUAAUUUCUUUAUUGUUAUGGUUAACAUUUUCUAUUUACUUUUGUAAUGUUCAUUACCUUACUAUAUGUUGCAAUUAAUACUACUGCUUGGUAUGGAAUAUAUCAAUAUGUGUAAAUGCAGAAAAAUAUGUUCUUGAAGUUGAUAAAGGGGGCUGAUUUUGUAAAAUAUUUUAUGAACUGCUGGAGAAUAACUCGGCUAACAAGAUGAUAUGUGCAAAUAAAACGUUAUUGUGAUGUUUGUGAUGAAAUUUUAUAUCACUCAUAUGCUUGAAAUGUCUACGAAUAAACCCUGAAAUCCAGAUUUAUCUAUAGAGUGAGACAUUGAUUUAUUUUUUCCCCUGAAAUAAAUAUUAAUGACAUACCAUACAAACAAUGAGAGUCAUGACCGUCUGGAUUGGUAUGUGUCUUGGACCAGGAAGUUUGUCCACAAGGUGCCCGAACAAAUGAACUUUGUCUUUCAAAAAUCUUUGUUAUAAUAACCAUUCCUCAAGAGCAUUGAAUGAGCUAAUAAUUUCAGGAUAUAAUUAAUCUCUUUAUGUUUAUAUAUCCAAUCACAAUCGACAAUGCUCUAUCCCUCAAAUGUUGAACGCCAAAUUGGGUAGCAGCAGAUUUUCCAUCAGAGCAAUUGUCGCCAGAGCUAAUGUCAUGGAACUGUUUGAGAGGUGGUUUUAAAGGAAGGAUGUACUUUGGGUGACCUAACUUAGAUUCAUUUGUUUUAGUUGUACAUUUACCCGUGAGUGUCAGAUUUUUUUUAUCCCAUUUUAACCACAACAUACUGUACUUUCAUUUUAUAUGAUGAUGUAUUUUAAACUUUGAAAGAUUGGCUUUGUAGUCUGAUCAUAUUUUUCUGCGACCCAGUGCUAUAGUCACAUCAAAGAAACCAACUCCUAACUGACCAAUGUUAUGCUAAUCAAAAUAACGUAAUAACUUUAUUUGAUAUGGAGUCGAUGUGUUUAGUGUGACUGGAAUAUUACAUGUACACUUAUGCUUUUCACACUGCACUUCCUUUACCCCAUAAUAUCCUUUUUUUUAAUUCACAUUGUCUUUCUUAACCCCAUACUAUUUGCUUAGCCGGGGUUAACGCCUUUACUCCAGACUAUCACACAGCUCAUGAAUAUUGAUGAUUUUACCAUACAGAGCGCGAUUAACGUGCACUUUCGACUUCUGUGAUUGGCUAAUGCUUAGCCUCCUUUUUCCUUAACAGUGUUUCGUUUCACACUGCAUCUCUCAGCACCGCAUUUGUGUACUAGCACCACAAUAAGCCAGCUAACCCUGAUUUUUUGCAGGGCCAGAUAGUACCUUACUAUUUAUCGUGCUAGCCCACUUUGCUAAAACGUAGUGUGAAAACGAAGUGGGCUAAGCUUAGCCCCGGAAAAUUGGUGGGGCUAAGACCCCCCUUAGCCCCACCAAUUUCCCGGGGUCAAGGAAAAAAAGUGCAGUGUGAAAAGCAUAUUAGAGAGGCUGAUUACAAAGAGUUACAAUUGAUCAUCAACCACAACUAUGGAAGGCCAGCAGCGUCAACAUCUAAAAUACAAAUUUGUUCAAAAUAUUUUCUAGAUAUGAUGUAUAUUCAUACAUUCACUGUUUUCUUGACAAUUCAGUAUGCUUCUCUUUGUUUUCAAAGGACAUUGAGCAAAUUUCUUAAAGAAAAUAUUCUGACAUUGAUGGAUUUCCGUAUACUUGAGGUUGAUCGGAUCAAUCGUAACUCUUUGUAAGACGGAGCCCAGAAGGUCAUUAGUCGAGACAAUCCAAACAAAAUCACCAAAUGAUAAGAGCAUGAAUGUAGUCAAAUUGCACAUUUAUUUCCAUGUAUAUUCAAUAAAUGGCUCCUAACUACUCAAUCAGAGAUCAAUGGGUGCUUACUAUACCUUGCUGCUGUACUCAGAAAACAAAGGAAAUCAAUUCGUACAUCGAUAAGAAUAAAAACAAGAUUGAAAAUGA